AAGUUAAUUCUCGGCCUCCUGCCGUGCUCUGGGGCCGCAUGUCCGAGGCUGGCGGGGCCGGGCCGGGCAGCUGCGGGGCAGAAGCCGGGGCAGGGGAGCCCGGGGCGCUGCCCCCGCAGCCUGCGGCGCUGCCGCUCGCGUCCCCGCAGGGCUCCCCCUGCGCCGCUGCUGCCGGGGGCUCGGGCGCCUGCGGUCCGGCGACGGCAGUGGCUACAGCGGGCACGGCCGAAGGACCGGGAGGCGGUGGCUCGGCCCGAAUCGCAGUGAAGAAAGCGCAACUACGCUCCGCUCCGCAGGCCAAGAAACUGGAGAAACUCGGAGUGUACUCCGCCUGCAAGGCCGAGGAGUCUUGUAAAUGUAAUGGCUGGAAAAACCCUAACCCCUCACCCACUCCCUCCAGAGCCGAUCUGCAGCAAAUAAUUGUCAGUCUAACAGAAUCCUGUCGGAGUUGUAGCCAUGCCCUAGCUGCUCAUGUUUCCCUCCUGGAGAAUGUGUCAGAGGAAGAAAUGAACAGACUCCUGGGAAUAGUAUUGGAUGUGGAAUAUCUCUUUACCUGUGUCCACAAGGAAGAAGAUGCAGAUACCAAACAAGUUUAUUUCUAUCUAUUUAAGCUCUUGAGAAAGUCUGUUUUACAAAGAGGAAAACCUGUGGCUGAAGGCUCUUUGGAAAAGAAACCCCCAUUUGAAAAACCUAGCAUUGAACAGGGUGUGAAUAACCUUGUACAGUACAAAUUUAGUCACCUGCCAGCAAAAGAAAGGCAAACAAUAGUUGAGUUGGCAAAAAUGUUCCUAAACCGCAUCAACUAUUGGCAUCUGGAGGCACCAUCUCAACGAAGACUGCGAUCUCCCAAUGAUGAUAUUUCUGGAUACAAGAACUACACAAGGUGGCUGUGUUACUGCAACAUGCCACAGUUCUGCGACAGUCUACCUCGGUACGAAACCACACAGGUGUUUGGGAGAACAUUGCUUCGCUCGGUCUUCACUGUUAUGAGGCGACAACUCCUGGAACAAGCAAGACAGGAAAAAGAUAAACUGCCUCUUGAAAAACGAACUCUAAUCCUCACUCACUUCCCAAAAUUUCUGCCCAUGCUAGAAGAAGAAGUUUAUAGUCAAAAUUCUCCCAUCUAGGAUCAGGAUUUUCUCUCAGCCUCUUCCAGAACCAGCCAGCUAGGCAUCCAAACAGUUAUCAAUCCACCUCCUGUGGCUGGGACAAUUUCAUACAAUUCAACCUCAUCUUCCCUUGAGCAGCCAAAUGCAGGGAGCAGCAGUCCUGCCUGCAAAGCCUCUUCUGGACUUGAGGCAAACCCAGGAGAAAAGAGGAAAAUGACUGAUUCUCAUGUUCUAGAGGAGGCCAAGAAACCCCGAGUUAUGGGGGAUAUGCCGAUGGAAUUAAUCAACGAGAUUAUGUCUACCAUCACGGACCCUGCAGCAAUGCUUGGACCAGAGACCAACUUUCUGUCAGCACACUCAGCCAGGGAUGAGGCGGCAAGGUUGGAGGAGCGCAAGAGUGUAACUGAAUUUCACAUGGUUGGCAAUUCCCUCAACCAGAAACCAAACAAGAAGAUCCUGAUGUGGCUGGUUGGCCUACAGAACGUUUUCUCCCACCAGGUGCCCCGAAUGCCGAAAGAAUACAUCACACGGCUCGUCUUUGACCCGAAACACAAAACCCUUGCUUUAAUUAAAGAUGGCCAUGUUAUUGAUGGUAUCUGUUUCCGUAUGUUCCCAUCUCAAGGAUUCACAGAGAUUGUCUUCUGUGCUGUAACCUCAAACGAGCAAGUCAAGGGCUAUGGAACACACCUGAUGAAUCAUUUGAAAGAAUAUCACAUAAAGCAUGACAUCCUGAACUUCCUCACAUAUGCAGAUGAAUAUGCAAUUGGAUACUUUAAGAAAUAGGGUUUCUCCAAAGAAAUUAAAAUACCUAAAACCAAAUAUGUUGGCUAUAUCAAGGAUUAUGAAGGAGCCACUUUAAUGGGAUGUGAGCUAAAUCCACGGAUCCCGUACACAGAAUUUUCUGUCAUCAUUAAAAAGCAGAAGGAGAUAAUUAAAAAGCUGAUUGAAAGAAAACAGGCACAGAUUCGAAAAGUUUACCCUGGACUUUCAUGUUUUAAAGAUGGAGUUCCACAGAUUCCUAUAGAAAUCAUUCCUGGAAUAGAGACAGGCUGGAAACCGAGCGGAAAAGAGAAAAGUAAAGAGCCCAGAGACCCUGACCAGCUUUACAGCAUGCUCAAGAGCCUCCUCCAGCAGGUGAAGAGCCAUCAAAGCGCUUGGCCCUUCAUGGAACCUGUGAAGAGAACAGAAGCUCCAGGAUAUUAUGAAGUUAUAAGGUUCCCCAUAGAUGUGAAAACCAUGAGUGAACGCCUCAAGAAUAGGUACUACGUGUCUAAGAAAUUAUUCAUGGCAGACUUACAGCGAGUCUUUACCAAUUGCAAAGAGUACAACCCCCCUGAGAGUGAAUACUACAAAUGUGCCAAUAUCCUGGAGAAAUUCUUCUUCAGUAAAAUCAAGGAAGCUGUAUUGACAAGCGAUUUUUUUCCCCUCUGCUUCUUAGAAACUCAUCAAGCAGUGUGCCUAAAGCAAGGUGGUUUAGUUUUUUUUACAAAGAAUUGGACAUGAUGUAUUGAAGAGACUUGUAAAUGUAAUAAUUAGCACUUUUGAAAAACAAAAAACCUCCUUUUAGCUUUACAGAUAUGUAUUUAAAUUGAAGUCAUAGGACAUUUUUAUUUUAUGGAAUAGAUUUUAAUCUAUUUACUACUAUUAAGGUAAAUUUUCUAUGGCAUGUCCAUUAGCUAUUUCAUGAUAGAUGAUUAGGGGUUUCCUCAAAACCUGUGUGUAAGGAAAUUGCACAUAGUAGCAAAAUUUG